UUUAGCCAAGCUAUCUACGACCAAGGCGCUGAGUUGGACCGUAUUUGGGGGUUCGUGGACGGAACCGUUAGGGGUAUUUGCAGGCCAGGAGGGGCUCGGGGGCAGCAAAGUGUGUAUAGUGGUCACAAACGCAAGCAUGCGCUCAAGUUCCAGACCGUCGUUACUCCAGACGGCAUGAUCUUCCACCUACACGGGCCGGCUGAAGGCCGAAGACACGACAUCCUACUGCUGCGAGAGUCCGGACUGGAGGAACGAGUCCGCCGCGACGGGAGAUUUCAAGGCUACUUUGUCCACGGGGACCAAGCGUACGGCCGUACCGAUGUGUUUGUAUCUCCUUUUAAAGGAUCAAGUUUAACACCAGCUCAAGCUGCAAUAAACGCCUCCACGUCGAAGGUCAGGACGUCCGUGGAAUGGCCGUACGGCCAGGUUGUCAACUACUGGGCUGGUGUCGACUGCAAGAGAAAAAUGUGCUUGGGAGAAGUUCCUGUAGCAAAGCUGUACAAAACAGCAGUGGUUCUGACCAAUUGUAUCACUAUUCUUCGUGGAGGGAACAAUAACAGCAGAUAUUUUGGCGUGGAGCCUCCGUCGCUAGAAAGCUACUUCUCC